GGCAGUGACGAAGUCCAAGAAUCGUUCUAAAGAUGAAGUGCAUCGUAGUUUUUGGCCUGCUAUCGAUCGGCAUGUGCCUGGCCGCUCCAACUGCUCCCGAAGCCGAGAUUGUUAACCUGGCAUCCGAGGUCUCCGCUGACGGCUUCAACUAUAACUUCGACACCAGUGACGGCACCAAGCAGGAACAGCACGGCAAGCUGAAGAACCUGGGUCCCGAGGAGGAAGUUCUGCAGGUGGCCGGAUCCUUUAGCUACCAGGGGGAUGAUGGCAAGACCUACUCUAUAACAUACACGGCGGAUGAGAAUGGAUACCAGCCCCAGGGCGAGCACCUUCCACACCUUUAA